AUGGCAUCCCAACCUCAGACCCAAAUCGUUUUUAAAAGACCAAAGAAUACUGUGGAUGGGAGACGUGUGGUGCACGAGAAGGAUGGGGCGGCGAAUGGAACGGCUGAGAGGCGAGGUACUUCUAAGGGAGAACAACAGGUUGAGAGUGAAGAUAGGAAGGGUGACUAUGAUCAGAGAAGAGGUACAGGUAAAUCGGACAGCGCAAGAGAAAGGGAAGAAUAUGUACGGAAAAGGGAACAUGAAGAGUUGAGAAGGAUUCAGAUAACAGCUAGACGGCAAAGGGAACGGGAACGGGAAGAGGAGUUGAGAUUCGAGCAGGAAAAAGCUAGACAGGAGGAACUGGAAAGGGCUUUGAGAGAAACUGAAACAUUGCCUGAGGAAAGAUUCACAUUGCGAAGGGAUAGAAGAAGAAACUAA